AUGACAGUGCAAGAUGUUCCUCAUGCCUUCCCUACACUGGAUGUUCCAGACCAUGCCCACUACACAAUUGGAACUGUCAUUCUGGUGGUGGGGAUCACCGGAACGCUGGGUAACUUCCUGGUCAUCUAUGCGUUCUGCAGGAGUAGGAGCCUUCGAACUCCAGCCAACAUGUUCAUCAUCAAUCUAGCUAUUAGCGACUUCCUAAUGUCCAUCACACAGGCUCCAAUUUUCUUCACUACCAGUCUCCACAAGCACUGGAUUUUUGGCAAGAAAGGUUGUGAGCUGUAUGCCUUCUGCGGAGCCCUUUUUGGCAUUACAUCCAUGAUCACGUUGAUGGCAAUCGCACUGGACAGAUAUUUUGUGAUCACACGACCGCUGGCCUCCAUUGUGGUGAUGUCCAAGAAGAAGGCUUUGAUAAUCCUGCUUGGAGUCUGGCUGUACUCUUUGGCUUGGAGCCUCCCACCCUUCUUUGGAUGGAGUGCUUAUGUUCCUGAGGGUUUGUUGACUUCCUGUUCCUGGGACUAUGUUACCUUUACCCCAUCAGUCCGUGCCUAUACAAUGCUCCUCUUCUGCUUUGUCUUCUUCAUUCCUCUGAUUGCCAUCAUAUACAGUUAUGUCUUUAUCUUCAAGGCUAUCAAGAAUACCAAUGAGGCUGUUCAGAACGUUGGUUCUGAUGCUAAUAAAGUAUCCCAGAGACAGUAUCAGAGGAUGAAGAAUGAAUGGAAAAUGGCCAAAAUUGCCUUGAUUGUCAUCUUACUUUACGUCAUUUCCUGGUCACCAUAUUCUGUUGUAGCUCUGGUGGCUUUUGCUGGGUAUUCCCAUCUCCUGACACCCUUUAUGAACACCGUACCAGCUGUGAUUGCCAAAGCUUCUGCCAUCCACAACCCCAUCAUUUAUGCCAUAACUCAUCCCAAAUACAGAAUGGCCAUUGCAAAGUAUGUGCCGUGCCUUCGACCCCUGCUAAGAGUUUCUCGUAAAGACUCCAAGUCUUGCAGCAGGUAUCUCUCAACCAGACGAUCCACUAUUACCAGCCAGUCUGAGAUAAGUGAACUGCAGAAAGGAAAGAGAUGGCAAUCCUCUCUCUCAGACAGUGAAUCAGGCUGGACUGAUACAGAAGUUGAUGUUGUUAGUGUGAUCUCCAGACCAGUCAGUAAACAGCUUUCCUAUGAAAUAGGCAAAUACGCUGUUGAAACCAGUGACACAAAAGCCAAAUCUAAACUGAAAAGCCAUGAUUCUGGGAUUUUUGAAAAGACUUCUGAAGAUGCCGAUGACAUUUCCAUGGUGGAGCUGAAUGUCAGAGAGUGCAUUUCCUCUCCUGUUGCCCUGCCAUCUAGAACCUAUAGCCUUGAGGAAAUCCAAACAGGUGAGGGCCUGAAUGGCACUGGACUACGAAAAGGAGACUCUCGCUCUAGACUGUCUGCAGCACAGAUACCCAGGAUUAUAAUAACAUACAGCAACGUCCAGGGAAUAGAACAGCCUUCUGAAUACAGCUCUGGCCUCAGGUUCCCUGAGAACAGUAGCCACAACCAGGAUAAGGACUACAGUAGCCAACCAGACAGACGGUACCAGGGUGUUGCCUUAGCCAGUAUCUCAGGAGAAACCACAGAUCAACUGAGCGCAUAAGACCUUCCAAAACUGCUCUGGUCCACGGAAAGUUACCAUUCCUAUAGUGACACAACACAAGAUAACCCAAGGGUAAAAAGAAGCCGAACCAGCAUCUGAGCUCUCUCCAGUAGUUGGUUUCUUGUUCUAGCUCUUGUGUUAGAACAAGUAUAUUAUUUCUCCACAAUCUAGAUUAUGAAAUUACUCUUUUCACUUGGAUUUCACUCUGUUCAGGAAUUAGCAACUAUUGCGUGAACACCACCUUCAGUUACAGUAUAUGCAGCCUUCAUGAUAAGAGUUAAUUCCGUGGGGCUAAGAUUCAGAUAAUGAUCUUUGCUCAGUGCCAGAUCUCAGCCGCAGUGACUGUACCAGAAAGGAACACUUUUAGAAGGUAAAUUAUGGAGUUGAGAGAAUUUGGAGAAACUUACAGUACCUGGUGGAGAAGGUUUCUUAUUUUUGUUAAAGUUCUCUAAGUAGACCAUGUUUAAGUGCAAUAUCAGUGCUCCACUCCCUUCUUGGUUCCAUGAUUUUUUUUUCUCAAGCUCUUGUACGGUUUUGUUAAAAAGCAAUGUAUUUAAACAGCAGUUUGAGGUCUCAGAUCAUUCUCCUUAUCUCAAGAAAGGGAAAUCAUUUUCAAGUGUGGCCCACACUCCCCUUCCUUCCUGUCUUCCUUCUGUGUCAGUUAUUAAGGGACCAGUCCAAAACUGGCUGAGCUCACUUGCCUCAGAACAAUAUGAAAGAUUCUGGAAGCUAAUGAGCUUCAGUCACCAUGUUUCAAGGGUGAGGCAGCUGUAAUUAAAUGUCUUAUUGGUAAAGAGCUGCUGCUGGCUCAGAAAGGUACUCUAUUAAGAAACUCUUUCAAAAUUAACUUAGAGCUCAGUGCACUCUGGUUCUGAUUUUUCUAUUAUGAGGGGAAAGAAGGGUUUGACACCCAACCCCAGGCACCCACAAAACAUGGAACCCCAUUACCUCAGCAUUUAACCAUGCUUCUGGACAGCAACAGUCAGGGCCUCCUCCAAACUGUAGCUAUUCCUGCUACUCAACACGUGUUUGUCUCUCAGCACACAGGAGGAAAAUAGCUGUCUGUAGUAAUAAUAAUUCCCCUGUGGAUCUUUCUAGGGUGUCACGUAAAGGGGCAGAAUCCAGAUGAAAUCUAUGGAGUCAAUAUUUUGAGAAGACUUAGGACUGGUCUACACUACAGAGUUACAUUGACAUAACUCUGUUAUGUUACUUACCUAACUCUGUAAGCAUCAACACUAAAAUGUAGCUCUCACCGAUGUAAAUCACCCACUACACUGAAUUAAUAA